AUGUCGGUCAGCAUCCAGACUCUGAGGCCGGGUAAUGGAGCGAACUUCCCGGCAGCUGGAGAUCGCGUCAAGAUACACUACACUGGCACGCUUCAGGAUGGCCGCAAGUUUGACUCCAGCAAAGAUAGAAAUGAGCCCUUCAUCACUCAGAUCGGUGUCGGAAAAGUCAUUCGCGGCUGGGACGAAGGCGUCGUACAACUGUCCCUGGGCACGAAAGCUAUAUUGACGGUUCCACCAGAACUCGGAUACGGUUCGCGGGGAUUCCCGCCGCUCAUACCGCCAAAUGCCACGUUGAUAUUCGAGAUCGAGCUACUUCAGAUAAACUAA